AUGGGAUCGUGUACAUCCCGCCUCCGCGCCGAACUAGUCGCCCCCCCUCCACGCGGAAACACCAAAAUCCUAUACCCACAACGACCAGAGCCAUACCUCACACGGAAAGAAGUCCAAAAGCAAUCUCACGCGCAAUCACAAUCACAAUCAUCCCCAAGAAACGAAAACGGAAACCAAAGCGGAAAUGGUGCGAAAUUAGUGAGAAGAGAGACACCAAGUGGCAUCCCUGGAUUAACAUAUGAUCAUGCCGGACGACCUGUAUGGAGAGAAGAAAUUGCACAUCGGUCACGGUCACGGAUUCGGAUCGAACACCAAGAGAGCGUCUAG